UCCAAAGCGUAUAAAUACAAAAGAAAUCAGUUGCUCCCAUGAAUAUUUUGAUUCAUCUUUCUCCCUUUCUUACCUCUCUCUAUCUCUUGUUUCCGUUUAUGGACGUCGGAGAUCCGGCGCUCUCGAUUUGAAGGUGUUUUCUCCGACCGUCCCUUUCUCUCCUCAGCUUCAAUCUCCUUAUCCAACUCAAAACACCCAUCAAUUCAUUCAAUUUAUAUCUUCAUUUCCCCUCCUCUCCAAUUCAAUUCAAAUCAAAAAAUUCCCAAUCUUUUUCGUUUUCUUUUUGUUAAUUCAUCCUUUUAAGAUUGAAAAUGGGUAUAGCGCAGCAGAUAAUGCCGAUAUGUGAUCAAUUAUGUUUCUUUUGUCCUGCGGUUCGGCCUAGAUCACGCCAUCCUAUUAAGCGAUACAAGAAGAUGUUAGCUGAUAUUUUCCCUCGGUCUCCGGAUCAAGAACCCAAUGAUCGUAACAUUGGUAAACUUUGUGAAUAUGCUUCAAAAAACCCACUUCGAGUUCCAAGGAUAACGACUACUCUUGAGCAGAGGUGUUACAAAGACCUUAGGAAUGAGCAAUAUCAUUCUGUGAAAGUAGUCCUCCGUAUAUACAGAAAGUUGUCAAUAUCUUGUAAGGAACAAAUGCCAUUAUUUGCAACUAGCUUGCUUAACAUUAUACAGAUUUUGUUGGAUCAAACGAAGAAUGACGAUUUGCGAGUUAUGGGAUGUGAAACACUUUUUGAGUUUGUAAAUAAUCAGCGUGACGGGACUUAUACAUUCAACCUAGAAGCCUUGCUUCCAAAACUUUGUUCUCUAGCUCAGGAACUGGGGGAUGAUGACAGGGAAAAGAAUUUGCGUGCAUCUGGACUUCAAGCCAUAUCUUCAGUGAUUUGGUUUGUUGGAGAAUUCUCGCAUAUUUCCCCAGAAUUUGACAAUGUGGUCUCUGUAGUACUUGAAAACUGUGGGACACCUAAAGAUAAUCAAGAUUCUUCCAACGAGGAAGAACAAAAAGCCGAAGAUCAUGGUUUUCCAUCGACAGAUGGUGCAAGAAUGAUGAUCUCUUGGGAAAAGGUUGUGACUAGCAAAGGAGAAGUUAGUCCAGAUGUGAAAGACAUCAGGAAUCCUGUUAUUUGGUCUAGGGUGUGUCUGUAUAACAUUGCCAAGUUAGCCAAGGAAGCUACAACUGUUCGUCGUGUACUUGAAUCCGUUUUUCGCUCAUUUGACAAUAGCAACUUAUGGUCCCCUGAACAUGGUCUUGCCCUCUCUGUAUUGCUCGAUAUCCAGUCUGUAAUGGAGAGUUCUGGACAGAAUACACACUUCUUGUUGUCUACUUUAAUUAAGCACCUCGAUCAUAAAAACGUCUUGAAGAACCAGGAAAUGCAGUUACACAUUGUUGAUGUUGCUACAAGCCUUGCUCGAGAAACAAAGGUUCAGGCUUCUGUUACGAUACUAGGUGCAUGCAGUGAUGUGAUGAGACAUUUACGCAAGAGCAUACAUUGCUCUCUCGAUGAUUCUGACCUAGGAUCGGAAGUGAUUCAAUGGAACAGUAGAUAUAAAUCAGCAGUGGACGAUUGCCUUGUUAACUUACUAAAUAAGGUGGGAGAUACUGGUCCUUUGCUCGAUAUUAUGGCGGUGAUGAUGGAAAGCGUUUCGAACAUUACAGUUAUGGUCAGAACCACGAUAAGUGCUGUUUAUCGAACUGCUCAAAUUGCAGCAGGCAUGCCAAAUCUAUCUUACCAUAACAAGGCUUUCCCUGAAGCAUUGUUUCAUCAGUUACUUCUUGCAAUGGUUUGUUCAGACUAUGAGACAAGGGUGGGAGCACAUAGAAUAUUUUCAGUUGUUCUUGUCCCAUCUUCUGUUUGUCCUCGUCGUCAAACAGCAACUGCCUCAAGUGCGACAAAAAGUAUUCAAAGGACACUCUCAAGAGCUACUUCUGCGUUUUCUUCUUCAGCUGCUAUUUUUGCAAAGUUGAGAAGCGAACAAACAGCCCCAAAAGGAAGUGAUAUCGGACAUAAGGAAGAACAAAACAAUGAUGGUAAGGAUCAAAUCGUCAAAACUAACUCCAUGAUGAACAGGUUGAAGUCAAGUUAUAGUCGAUCUUAUAGUGUGAAAAACGAUUCUGUUCCCACUGAUACAAUUCAAGAAAUGGAGGCGGUUUCUCUUAAGUUGAGUACACGACAGAUCAACCUAUUGAUCUCAUCAAUGUGGGUACAAGCUGUUUCUCCUUUUAAUCUGCCUGACAAUUAUGCAGCAAUUGCUCACACAUAUAGUUUGACAGUAUUGUUUGCUAGAAGCAAGCAUUCAAGUCAACAGUCUCUUAUUAGGAGUUUCCAGCUUGCGUUUUCCUUGAGGAGCAUUGCUCUUGGUGGUGGAGGGAGCCUGCAGCCAUCAAGGAAAAGAUCCCUUUUUACCCUGGCAAAUUCAAUGAUAAUUUUCUCAUCCCAAGCAUACAAUCUACUUCCUCUUGUUCCUUUGGCUAAGGCUACAUUAAACAAUCUGGUUGAUCCGUUUCUAGAUUUGGUCAACGAUUGUAAGUUACGAGCGAACAAUCCCAUAACAGACAAUCCAAAUGGAGUUUAUGGAUCAAAUAAAGAUAAAGAUGAGGUUUUUGAGUCUCUUUGCUCAUCAGGUUUACCAGAUGAACUCUCCAAUGAACAUCUUGCUGCUAAAAUAGUGGAAUUGCUGGCAGAAUCUUCCAAAAUGAAGGAGGAAUUGCUUAGUGAUUUUCUACCAGACGAUUCUUGCCCACUUGAAUCUCAGUCAUCCAAGGAGAAACUUGGACAGGUGUAUCAGUUUGAUUCAAAAAUUGUUAGGUCUAGUAAUAAUGCGGAUGAUCCUCAAUUAUUACAAACAACAAAUGAGGAUGCACCACAUGAUAUGCCCGAAGGUCAUAAAGAUACUGAUCCCCAGGCGGAUGAGAGCGAUUCAGAUCUCUUCAGCAUCAACCAAUUUCUUGACUUGGUUCUAGAAACAAGUAAUCAAAUUGGACGUGCCUCCAUCUCUACUGGACAUGAUAUGCCUUACAAAGAAAUGGCUAAUCAUUGUGAGGCUCUGCAAAUGGGAAAGCAACAAAAGAUGAAUGUUUUUAUCAGUUCAAACGAUGAAAUCCAGGGAAUUCACGAGCCACCUUAUAGCCAGGGUGGGAAUCCUUUUCUUGAUCAGAACUCGGAUAUUAGUCCAUUCACAACAUUCGCGUUUGAGGCUCCAAUGAUGUGCUCGGCUGAGUACCAACAUCAUCCCGGUUUCUUUAUGCUACCCAGUACAAACCCAUUUGAUAACUUCCUAAAAGCUGCUACUGGCUGAUGAUGAUGAUGAUUCUUGGCCAUAUAAUGAAUGGUAUUGUAGUUUUAUGUUUGUUUAAUCAUCAAGCACACUCAAGAAGAAGAAGAAGAAGGGAUUUUGCCUGAAUUUCAAUGUUCUUGGGAGGGAGGUUAAUGUUGUGUUAAUAGAUAUGUAAAUUUGCUCUGUUUUUUUCUCUUUAUUUUCCUUCAGUUUUGACCAUGCAAUUGUAUUGUUAUUAGUUUAUUCUUUGUGUUCAUCUCAACCAAUGUGAACACAUUACAAUUCAUUAUGUGUUUGAUUAAUGUAUUCAUGCAUUUUAAUAUCUUAAUUA